AUGGAAACGCGCUACACGUUUCGGAACGACUUACUUGAGGCUGAAAAGGUCUAUAACCCGGAGGCACCCUGCAUGACGCACUCCAUCCAGAUGAUCGGGUGGCUGCAGUUGAAGAUGCGGAAAAAGUGCGUAUGACGGUGCACAACUCCCCCUCCCCCUCAUUUGUAUAGCAUUAAGGGCAAUACAAGCAUCAGCAAGAUUGCAGGUCUUGCAUGACAAAUUUGCACUGGAUUGUAGUGCUAUUUGGGCUGCCAGAACUUGUCAUGCAAACAGUGCUAAGAGGCACAGGGUCGAUUGGGUAUUUUGCAUGACAAAUGAGGCGGGAGUUGUGCACUAUCAUAGUGCGCGGCCCAAAUCGAAAAGUCUUUUGAAAACGCUUACGGGCCGUUCCGCGUCUGGACGGAGUACCCCCGUGUAUCCUGCGCAAAAGUAUCGUACUCGUACUAGUAAUUGCAUUCAUGCAUUACAAAUUAUCUCUUUCUCAAGGCAAACCAGCAUUACAAAUCGAAUUUGUAAUGCUGUGCUAAUUUGUAAUGCAUUUUUACGAGUACGAAUACGAUACUUUUGCAAUCCAUACCGUGGGGGCGCCACCAACUUCAUCACGGGUACCGGCGGCUUCUUGCAAACGGUGAGUUUCGGCCUGGGCGGAUUGCGGAUCCGAGAAAACGGUCUGCUGCUGGAGCCCGGGCUGGUGCGGAACAUGAAGCGGGUGGUGUUGCGGGGAAUUUUCUUCCUGAAAUGUCGGUGGCGGAUUGAGUUCAGCGAUGCGGAAUUUUUCAUCACGGUCAUGGAAUGCGGUGCGGAUCAGGACCAAGCUGUGAUACCUUCCGACGCGGACUUCUAUUCCACAAACGACAGGGCGAAGACCAGCACACCGCUUGGCUUAGUCGCCCGGUGGAACGAGAUGGAAUCGAAUUCGAAUACGGAUGAGGCGUCUGGAAGUCCUCGUCGUGUGAAGAUCUAUCAAAAGCAGCACUUUUUCGAACUCCGAAGGGACCUGCGGCUAAACAAUUUUCCAAACGAGAACCAACGGAGGAAUUACCGCCAGGUCUUACUCCAGCACGAACAAGAUGCCCCGUAUGGCGUUCUCACACGUUACAUUCUCAACUGCUCCAUGAAUUUUUCAUGAAGGAAUGGCAAACGUGAAAGGGGAGACCUAGCGCGUCUUGCAUGACAGAUUUAGCACAGAUUCUCAGCCUGUUUGGCUCUUCGAGAAUUUGUCAUGCGAAGGAGCUUGUUGAAGUUGAUCAUGUAGCUAUUGACGGCAAUUUCGCAUGACAAAUCGUGCCACAGUUGAGAAUGGAACAUUUGAGAGUCCCAUACCCCGGCGUGGCCGGAUGUAGGAGGGAUUGCAGAAAAGAAAAUCUGCACUCUCGAGGAAAUAGACACGGACUACUUUGUAUGAACUGCAAAAGUAUCGCACUCGUAAUAAUUGCAGUCAUGCAUUAGAGAUCUUUUUCUUGAGGCUAAUCCGCAUGACAAAUUUUAUUUCUCAUGCUGAGGAAAUGUAAUGCAUUUUUUUAUAGAUACGCAUAUGAAUGCGAUACUUUUGCAGUUCAUACUUUGGCGGUGACAUGGGCAUCUGGGAAACGGCCGCGACCGCAGAGGAGUGUCGGCAAAUCUGCGAACAAAACGCCGAAUGCGAGCUGUUCACGUUUUUGAGAGGCCAGGUGAGAAACAAUUGCCUGUUCAAACGCGGGCUCGGAGCGGAAAAGAGGUAUAAUAGCGACACGGCCAGUGGGCGUUGCGUGUUUGAAAAGGUGGAUUACGAACUGGUGCAGGAGCCACCGGCGGCAGCGGAGGGUUUUUCUCCAAGUAGUGCAAGCAGCAAUGGAAAUAAUGUUCCGGGACUAGAAGCCUCCGCGGCAGGUUUUUUGGAAAAGAGAAAAAUGGAAGUAGAUCGUGUUGUUGAAAAUACGGGCGAGCGGAUGGCUUCGCAGAGUGGUGAUGAUGAUGAAAAGCGCAAAGAAAUAGGACUAGCAGAAGAUGCAAUCAAGUUAGAGGACGGAAAUAGUGCGCACGUCGAGGAGAAAAGGAAUCAAAGCGAACAGGACCGGAUGCUUCCCGCGGUGGGCGCAGCUAGAAGAAUAAAAAGCCGUCCUCCGCUAAACAAUCUUCCCUCGGCCGUGCAAGUAGCAGACAUGACCGCGCCUUCAUAUCAAGCAGAAAUUUGAAGAAGUGAUAUGAUUUUGAUUUUAGAAGUAAAGUGUUAUGCAUAACAAGAACUAAGAAAACACAACCUGGUCGUCGGCUAUGUCGUGGGAUCAACGUUGUUCGGGUGCGUUGAGAACUUCGAGAGCUGCACCAAGUAAGAACCAGAUCUACAACUC